GCCUUACUGGCGGCAACGCGCGAUAUCUUUGUAUUUAUCAUGCCCCAAAGCGUAUUAAUAAUUAACUAGCUAGAAAGACUGCUUGAAUUUCGGGUAUAAAAGGGUGCACUUUCGUCCUAGGGCUUUCUAUAAUCUAUACAUACUCACGCAUUCAGUCAAUUUCUUUACACAAGCAAAAUGACAUCCUCUUCCCACUCGACCCCUGAAGACUGGAGGGCAAUCGCGACCAGGCACCGCGCAAACCUCGAUGCCCAGAUCCCAGCGGAAUGGAGACUCACCGCGGAGUUCAGAGCCUCACUCCCCGCCGACGGCCGCCUGUUGCAGGCCGAUCCAAUCCGCAAAAGUGGGAUCCUGACCGAGAGUGAACUCGAUAUCACGGAGAACUACUCUGCUGCCCAACUUUUGCAGCGUCUAAAGUGGGGGGAUGUAAGUUCGGUCGAUGUGACGACGGCGUUUUGUAAGAGGGCGGCUGUUGCGGGGCAGUUGACAAAUUGUUUAACGGAGCACUUUUUCUCCCGUGCUCUUGAGCGAGCGCAGUAUCUUGACGAAUACCUCAAGCGCGAGAGAAAGGUUGUCGGUCCCCUCCAUGGCCUACCAAUCAGUUUGAAAGACAGCUUUUGUCUUGAAGGUAUCCCGACGACGGUGGGGUACGUAUCGUUCCUGAAAAACGGGCCUGCGAAGGAGAAUUCGGCACUUGUAAACCUCCUGCUUGAUCUCGGAGCGGUUUUAUAUGUCAAGACCAAUAUUCCUCAGACUAUGAUGACCGCGGACUCCGAAAACAACAUCUAUGGCCGCACCCUAAACCCGCACAACACGUCACUAACAGCUGGAGGGUCAACCGGCGGCGAAGGAGCCCUCCAAGCCCUCCGUGGCUCGCUCCUCGGAGUGGGCACCGACAUCGCGGGCUCCGUGCGAAUUCCCGCGCUUUGCUGCGGCGUGUAUGGGUUCAAGCCAACGUCAAACCGUGUGCCUUUCGGUGGCCAGAUCUCUGGGUACAUGGCGGGGAUCCCAGGGAUCGAGCCUAGCGCGGGGCCGCUAGGGCAGAGCAUUGAUGAUAUUGAACUCUUCAUGACGACUGUUCUGAGUGGUGAGACGUGGAGAUACGACUCUUACUCUGCAUCUGCGCCUUGGGGAGGCAGUAUACCCGCCGACAGGAGGGUGGAAGGGCGGCUUCUGACAAUCGGCAUCCUUCCUGAAGACCCGCAGUACCCACUGCAUCCGCCUGUCCGCCGUGCCCUAACCAGCGCCAUCGAUGCCCUGAGGAAGAAAGGUCACCGGCUUAUCCAGCUCCCCCUUCCCCAAACAGACAACAACACAUCCAUAGCCUACGCCUCCCGCCUCGCCUGGCAGUAUUUCACCUACAGCCCUUUCAUCAAUCACAUGGCCCCCAGUGGGGAACCACCCAUCACGUCUGUGGCAAAGGGCGCCUCGCCGCUCUUUACGGGCGAACUUCCAAUCAGUGAAGAAGAUAUCUUCAAGAAGAUUAGUGCGUUGCACCUCGCGAGGAGGGACUAUGGUGACUUCUGGCGCAAGACGUGGACUGAGUACAGUCUUGAUGUUGUCCUUGCACCUGGUGCGCAGAAUACUGCUGUGCCACAUGACACAUAUGCCUGGCCACCAUAUACCCUGAUGUGGAAUCUGGUUGAUUAUCCGGCCAUCAUAAUCCCCUACGGAAAAGCAUCGGCGGAGCUUGAUCCUGAGACGUUGGUUUUAAAGGACGGGGUGCAACCGAGCUACAUUCCGGAAGUCGUCAACGGGGCCCCAUGCGCGCUGCAGGUUGUAGCACCGAGGUUCCAAGACGAAAGAUGUCUGUCCGCAGCACGCAUCAUCGAUCGGGAUAUUCGCCUCUAG